AUGAAGGGCCACUACCGGUGGUGGCCGGACACCGGCGGUGGGAUGGUCGCCGACAGUAGGGCGACCGGUGGCGGCUGGACGACCGGCGGCGGGAUGGUCGCCGACAGUGGGGCGACCAGUGGCGGCUGGACGACUGGCGGUGGGAUGUUCGCCGCCAGUGGGGCGACCGGUGGCGGCUGGAUGACCGGCGGUGGGAUGGUCGCCAACAGUGGGGCGACCAGUGGCGGCCGGACGACCGGCGGCAGGAUGGUAGCUGAUCAGUCAGUUCAAUUACUGAUCAGUCCUAACCCAACCUGA